AUGGCCCAGCCAAAUACAGAACCUGUGGAAGAGUACGACUAUGAGGGCCUGCCACCAAAUUUCUCGGUGCUGCAAAACCUGACGGCGGGCGCUUUCGCUGGUAUAGCUGAACAUACGGUUAUGUAUCCGAUUGAUGCUAUCAAGACACGCAUGCAAAUUCUGAAUCCUACACCGUCUGCCGUUUACAAUGGAAUGAUACAGGGAGGCUAUCGGAUAGCCACGGGGGAGGGAAUCCUCAGUCUAUGGCGAGGAAUGUCCAGCGUGGUGGUUGGGGCUGGACCUGCGCAUGCUGUCUAUUUCCUGACUUACGAAGCUGUGAAGCAUAUGAUGGGCGCUAACCAAGCUGGUGUUCAUCACCCUCUUGCUGCUGCACUGAGCGGAGCUUGCGCAACCACGGUUAGCGACGCCUUGAUGAAUCCCUUUGACGUAAUCAAGCAGCGUAUGCAAAUGCAUAAUUCGAGACAAAUGUACAAAUCGAUGCCCGACUGCGCGAGAUACAUUUACAAACGUGAAGGGGUUAAGGCAUUCUUCAUCUCGUAUCCGACGACACUCUCGAUGACAAUUCCAUAUACAUCAUUACAAUUCUUAGCAUACGAAACGCUUUCUACGACCAUGAACCCCGCCAAAAAGUAUGACCCACUGUCGCAUUGUACUGCUGGUGCGCUUGCGGGAGGAUUCGCAGCUGCGCUUACCACUCCUAUGGAUGUCAUGAAAACUAUGCUACAGACGAGAGGCACAGCGACAGAUACCGAAUUGAGAAAUGUCAGCGGUUUCAAGGACAGCGCAAGAAUAUUGUAUCAAAGGGAGGGUUUCCGGGGAUUUUUCAAAGGUGUAAGACCACGCGUUGUCACUGCGAUGCCCAGCACUGCGAUCUGUUGGUCAGCUUACGAAGCUUGCAAGGCCUACUUCAUAUCUAAAAAUGACGCGACUAUUUAA